AUGGAUGCAACAAGUCAAGAUAAUGUUGAUGACCAUAAGGAGGAAUUACUAAAGCCGAGGGCUUAUCAAAGUGAAUUAUUAGAAGCUGCUUUACGAAGUAAUGCUAUCAUCUGCUUGAAUACCGGCAGUGGUAAAACCUUCAUUGCUGUUAUGCUGAUUAAAAAGUUACAACACGAAAUUCUUCCAAAGCCUCUCGAUCAGGGUGGGAAGAAGACCUUUUUCUUGGUCAAUACAGUUCCACUAGCCAGGCAACAAAGCGAUGUCUUGCGUAAAGAAACGCCUUUCAAAGUUGGUGACUAUGUAGGAGAUGAUGUUGACCUGUGGAAUAAAACAAAAUGGGUUUAUGAAUUAGACUCUCAGCAGGUCUUAGUUAUGACUGCUGAUAUCUUAGCACAAAUUUUACAACACGGCUAUAUCAAAGUUAGUCAAAUUAAUUUAUUAAUAUUUGAUGAAUGCCAUCAUGCUGUUGGAAAUCAUACGUAUGUACAAAUUAUGCGUGACUACGUAUACAAGGAGCAAAAAAGCAAGCCCCGAAUAUUUGGUAUGACUGCGUCUGUCUUUCAUGGUAAAUGCAGAAUUGGUCAAAUCGAAAAUAAAAUUAGGUCAUUGGAAGCGAUAUUAUUAAGUCGAGUUGUUACUACUUCGUACCGACAAGACUUGGCAAAUCAUAGUACAAAGGCUGAAGAAAUGUUAAUUCCUUACGCAAUCAACUUAUUAGAUAACCAUCGCCAUAAAUUAAAUAGCAGAAAUUUUUGUGCGAUUAUCUUUACUGAAAAGCGCUGUGUUGCUUAUGCUUUAAGUUCUAUACUAGACAAGGUGGCUGAGCAUGAUAACGCAUUUUCCUGUAUAAAAAGCGAUUUUGUGGUUGGCCAUGGUACUCGAGUAUCUUCUAGUCUGGUAGCUACUAAUAUGUCCCAUAAUCAACAAACUCGUGCCAUUAAUAAAUUUCGUCGGCAAGAUGUAAAUAUAUUGGUAGCGACCAAUGUGCUAGAGGAAGGAAUAGAUGUUCCUAAAUGCAAUUUAGUCGUUCGAUUUGAUGAAAUUAAAACUUUUGGCUCAUAUCUACAAGCCAAAGGUAGAGCUCGAGCUCAACAUGCUCAUUAUAUAAUACUGGUGGAAAAAGAUAAAAUAGCUGACGCACGGGAUCAAUUUUCAACGUGGUCGUAUCUCGAGAGGUACUUGCAAGACCAAUGCCAAUGCAGAGCUGUUGGUACUGAAGAAGAUUAUUUAGCUGAUGAUAGUUUAAAUUUAGUGCCCCCAUAUGAAGUUGAAUCUACCGGUGCUAAAGUCACAAUGUCAAAUACAACCAUACAGUUACCAUCUUCUUCUCCUCUGCCUGACUCCAUUACUGGCCCUUUAGCGAUAACUGAGAAGCGCGCAAAGGCUUCUACUGCGCUGCUAGUAUGCCAGGAGUUACAUGAAAUAGGACAGUUAGAUGAUAAUUUAGUACCUGUCAAGUACCUACAAUCUGAAUCAUUCUCGAAAAAUAUUCCAGCAGUACUGAAUGAUUGCCAUCCAAAGGAGAAACAAGAUCUUUAUCUCUAUGCGCUGGUUAUGAAGGCGUUACCACCAUACAAAGCCGUGAAUAUCUUUGAUAAAGUCAAUUUUGGUAUAAUACUAUCGCACAAGCUGCCGGAAGUUAGCAUGAUUUAUAGAAAUACACAAUCAGAAACUUCUAGUAAAAUAACAGAAUUAAUUCCGGAAUUGUGUAAAAGAUAUUUCCUAUCAGCAUCUGUUUGGAAGGUUAUAACAUGCAUUCCAAGUUUUCUAUGGCGAAUGGAAACAUUGUUAUUGGCUCAUGAACUUAAAGAUGUGUUAUUCGGAUCUAUCCCUAUUAACGGUAUUAGCAUAAGUAAAAAUCAAACUUUUACACUGAAGUUACUGGAAGCGCUAACAUUGGCUGAGGCUGAAGAUGAUAUCAGUUUAGAGAGAUUAGAAUUUCUGGGCGAUUCAUUUCUGAAAUUUAUUAUUGCAGCAAAUUUGUUCAUAAGUCACCCAAAGUAUCAUGAGGGACAACUUACAAAUGAGCUUACAAAAAUUGUUCGCAAUGAUAAUUUAUUAAAGCUUGGUAAAUCAACCCCUAUUUGUGAGUAUAUUAUAGGAAAGCCAUUUAAUCUAUUAAAGAAUGAAGGGUGGAUACCCCCUGGAUAUAAAUUACUUUCAAGUAAGGUUAAAAAUCUAGAUGAAAAAGUUACUUCAGACUUAGAUGGUGAUAAAGCUGUGACACAUCAGAAAUUUAGUAGUAAAUCCAUUGCUGAUGUUAUGAAAGCAAUCCUGGCGGCCAUCUUACUUGAGUUUGAUGAAAGACAUGCAAAAUAUUUUAUCUCUUGGCUUGAUAAAGAUAUUAAAUUUACAAUAAAUGCAAGUGCAGCAUCGCUGUUGCCAGAUGAUGAUAAUAUAUCCAGUAAUGAAAUUAAUAAAAUAUACGAAACGAAUAAUCUAGAGCGACUGGAAAAAGUGAUCGGGUAUUCGUUUCAAAAUAAGCUUUUUAUGAUUCGGGCUUUAACUCAUUCAAGCUAUCAUCAUCAUGAUAUUGCUAUAGAAUCCAAUCAAAAGCUAGAAUUUCUAGGUGACACAAUUCUGCAAUAUAUUAUAGCGAGACAUUUUUUCAAUAGCCAUCCGGAUGCAAAGCCAGCUAAGCUACAUGACUUCCAAGAAGCUAUUGUAAAUAAUAAAUGUCUAGCGGUCAUUGGUAUAGCUAUCGGCGUUUCUAAAUAUGUAUUUCAAGAAUCUCCAGACUUAUUCAGGGAUAUUGACCAAUUUGCUAAGAUUAUUACUUGCGAUUAUAUGAUAGACGAUGAAAUGAAUUAUAAUGAUCGGACCGAAGCACUUUUCGAAAACUUUACGGAAGAGGUUAAAAUUCCAAAACCUGUAUCAGACGUUGUUGAAGCUCUUAUUGGAGCUAUUUAUAUCGAUACUGGAGAAUCAAUCGCAGAAGUUACCAAAGCAUUGAUGCCACUCCUUCAGCCGCGAAUUAGCUUAGUUUUACGUGAUAUUCCGAUAUCGCCCAUUCGGCAACUGUACGAGAAAGUUCCUGAAGGUGUUUCUUUCGUGUAA